AUGCGGAGUUAUGAAGGAUACAGACUUUAUUUCUUAAUAAUACUCAUCACUGUUUUAUGGAUUGUCCCGGAAAAUCGAAUUUAUGGCAAAUUUGUGCGUAAAAAUGUCGACCACCUGACCUCGGAUGAGAUUCUCGAACUUCAAGUAGCGCUGCGUAGUAUGCAAGACGAUGAUGGACCCACAGGUUACCAGGCCAUUUCUGCCUACCACGGAGAACCAGCCGACUGUAAAGCUGCUGAUGGUUCAACCAUUGUGUGCUGUCUGCAUGGCAUGCCUUCAUUCCCCAUGUGGCAUAGACUCUACAUUGUGCAGUUCGAACAAGCAAUGGCUUCUCACGGUUCCAAACUUGGUGUUCCUUAUUGGGAUUGGACCAAACCCAUGACACACCUUCCAGAACUUGUACAGCAUCCAUUGUUUAUCGACCCAAGUGGUAAAAAGGCGAAGAAAAAUGUUUUCUAUUCUGGCGAAAUCAAAUUUGAACAUAAAAUUACAGCAAGAGCUGUUGAUGAUAGACUUUAUGAUGCUUCUAAGAAAGGCCACGAAAACUUUCUUUUGGAAGGAGUGCUUAACGCUUUGGAACAUGAAGAUUUCUGUCAUUUCGAAGUUCAAUUUGAGGUUGCCCAUAACCCUAUCCACUAUUUGGUCGGAGGCAGAAUAACUCACUCUAUGUCCAGUCUGGAAUACACAUCUUAUGAUCCUAUCUUCUUCUUGCAUCAUUCCAAUGUAGAACGACAGUUUGCUUUGUGGCAAGCCCUUCAAAAGCAUAGAGGACUUCCAACCAGAGCCAAUUGCGGUUUGAACCUUUUCCACGAACCAAUGGAACCGUUUGGUCGUGAAACAAAUCCGAUCGCCUUGACCAAGGACAACGCCAAACCCAGUAGCGUGUUCGAAUACGAUCAAUUGGGAUAUGAAUACGAUGACCUCACUUUGAAUGGAAUGAGCAUUGAAGAGUUGGAUAACCUGCUGAAAGCGCGACAGACCCGUCCAAGAGUUUAUGCUAACUUUAGGUUGGGAGGAAUCCAAACGUCUGCGAAUAUUAAAAUAAUGCUAUGUAUUCCUUCUAAAGACAAAAGACACAGUGAUAACUGUGAUAAUGAAGCUGGCCAGUUUUUUAUUCUUGGAGGCAUACACGAAAUGCCAUGGAACUUUGCUUAUCCCUACCUUCACGAAAUUACAAACAUUGUCAACGCUGUUGGAUUGGAGUUGGAAGGAGACUAUUAUGUAACGGUUAAGAUCACGGCCAUUAACGGAACUUUGCUGGCAGACGACAUAAUUCCACACCCAACUGUUUCUUAUAUUCCUCCCCGUGGAUUUCGUGACUCGAAAAUGCAAGACGUUGAUGAGACCAGACUAACAACCCGAAAGAAUGUCAACUCAUUGACUAAAGAAGAGGAAUACAAACUCAGGGUGGCCAUGGAACGUUUUAUGGCUGACAAAUCCAUCAAUGGUUACCAAGCCCUGGCCGAAUUCCACGGUCUUCCGGCAAAAUGUCCCCGACCAGACGCCCUUAACCGUGUAGCCUGCUGUGUGCACGGUAUGGCAACCUUCCCCCACUGGCACCGAUUGAUAAUCGUUCAGUUUGAAGACGCCUUAGCAGCUCGUGGCUCUCCCAUAGGUGUUCCCUAUUGGGACUGGACCAAACCCAUCAAAACACUUCCUCGGCUUGUUGCUGACGAAACCUACGAAGAUCCCUAUACCAACGAAACAAAGACUAAUCCUUUUUUUCAAGCGCCGAUAGAAUUCUUAAAGGCUGGCGUAUUCACUGCACGCCGAAUCGAUCCACAACUUUUCAUGCAGCCAGAAAUUGGUGACCAUGGCUAUCUUUUUGACGGUAUGAUGCUGGCCUUUGAGCAAGACGAUUUCUGUGACUUUGAAAUACAGUUCGAAAUAACCCACAAUGCUAUUCACGCUUGGAUCGGGAGCAACGAGACUUACUCCAUGUCCUCUUUGCAUUACACCUCAUUUGACCCACUGUUUUGGUUGCACCAUUCUCAGGUCGAUAGACUCUGGGCUAUUUGGCAAGCUCUUCAAAUCCAAAGAGGAAAGCCUUACAAAACUUACUGCGCUAACUCGGAAGUUCAUCGUCCUAUGAAACCGUUUGCUUUUGAAUCUCCGCUCAACAAUAACGAAAUUACAAGAGAACACUCGGUACCUACCAACGUCUAUGAUUAUCGAUCCGAAUUUGAAUACACUUACGAUACUCUCUUCUUUGGCGGCAUGUCCAUCCGAGCGUUGCAGAAUCGUAUCGACGCUAAUAAAGCUACAGACCGAGUAUUUGCUGGUUUUCUGUUCAUGUCCAUCUACACAUCGGCUACCGUGGACCUUUUUGUCAUUGUAGAUAACGACGAAAUUAGAAUUGGUUCGAUCGCGAUUCUCGGCGGCACUAAGGAGAUGCCUUGGCGAUAUGACCGACUCUAUAAGCAUGAAAUCACGGCUGCUCUCAUAGCACUCGGCGUAGAUAUACACGGGGAAUAUUUUCUCCGUGUCGAAAUUAAAGAAAUGAAUGGUACUGCCAUACCGGCUUCUGCGGUACCUCCUCCAAUUGUUAUUUUCGUGCCUAAAAAAGUGGAAAGUGUGAAAUUCGAUGAGACCCACCGGUCCAGAAAAGAUGUUGCCAGUAUGACCAAGCAAGAAAUGAACGAACUCCGAACAGCAUUGGCUGCUUUUGCCGCUGAUAAAACCAUUACUGGUUACCAACAAGUGGCUGCUUUCCACGGAUCUACUAAAUGGUGCCCUAGUCCUGACGCUGCUGUCAAAUAUGCCUGCUGUCAACAUGGUAUGGCCACGUUCCCUCAUUGGCAUAGGUUACUCACUGUGAACUUCGAAAACGGAUUGAGACGAAAUGGUUAUCAUGGAGGUGUUCCUUACUGGGACUGGACUCGUCCUAUUCAUGCCCUUCCCGCGCUUGUGGUCGAAGAACAAUACACAGAUGCAAAAGGAGAGGCACAUCCAAAUCCGUUCUUCAGUGGUGCCAUUGAUGGGGUUAACGCUAAAACAAGUCGAGCACCAUCACCAGCACUUUUUGAACAACCCGAAUUCGGACAUUAUACUCACCUUGCUGAUGAGAUAUUUUAUGCGUUGGAACAAGAAAACUUCUGUGACUUUGAAGUCCAGUUCGAAAUCGCACAUAAUCACAUCCAUGCUCUGGUCGGUGGAACAGAGCCCUACUCAAUGUCAUCCCUUGAGUAUUCUGCCUUUGAUCCGAUUUUCAUGCUACAUCAUUCGAAUGUCGACAGGAUCUGGGCUACAUGGCAAGCACUGCAGAAAUUCCGAGGAAAGUCCUACAAUUCAGCCAACUGUGCUAUUGAAAUGCUCCGUCGGCCAAUGUCGCCAUUCAGUCUGUCAAGUGAUAUCAACUCUGACGCACAAACUCGUGAGCAUUCUGUUCCUUUCGACGUGUUUGAUUACAAGAAAUCUUUCCACUACGAAUACGACACAUUAGAAUUGAACGGUCUGUCUAUCCCACAGUUGUCGAGAGAAAUCAACAGACGAAAGGCGAAAAACCGAGUGUUUGUCACUUUUAUGCUUGAGGGUCUUAAGAAAUCUCUUCUCGUUCAGUAUUAUAUUAAAGACGAUGCAAGUGAUAAAAAAAUGAAAGCCGGCGAGUUCUACAUUUUGGGAAGUGAAAACGAGAUGCCCUGGAAAUUCGAUCGAUCUUAUAAAGUAGAUAUCACCCAAGAGAUGGACGUAUUGAAUCUUCAUUAUGCCGGCAGUUACAGCAUUGAAUACACAAUGACAGAUAUGAAAGGAAACAAAAUAGACGACGUAGAAUUGGAACCUACCGUGAUAUUUGAGCCUGGUAGAGUCUUGUACGAAGAAGGCGGUUCCUGGAUUGAAGCUGCUACCAGUGCCAAUAGAAUCAGAAAAAAUUUGAACGCUUUAAACAAGGGCGAAAUUAAUUCACUCCGUGGUGCCCUCAAACGCAUGAAAAAAGACGGCAGAUUUGAAAGAAUUUCUUCAUUUCACGGACUUCCAGCUCAAUGUCCGGAUAGGUAUGGCAUCAUGAUUUACACAUGUUGUCUACAUGGUAUGCCUACAUUUCCGCACUGGCAUCGUCUCUACGUAGCCCUCUUCGAAGACGAAUUGCUGGCUUGCGGUUCUGGAGUUGCCGUUCCCUAUUGGGACUGGGUGGAACCAUUCGAUACUUUGCCAAAACUUUUCAACGAAGCUUCUUACUAUAAUUCCAGAACACUUCAUAUUGAGGAAAAUCCUUUCUUCAAAGGAAAAAUUAGCUUUGAAAAUGCCGAAACAGACCGUGACCCACGACCAGAACUCUUUAAUAACAAGUACCUCUAUGAUCACGCGCUCUUUGCGUUUGAACAAACAGAGUUCUGCGAGUUUGAAGUGCACUUCGAGGUUCUUCAUAACACAAUCCAUUCUUGGUUAGGAGGCCGCGAUCCCCAUUCCAUGUCUUCUCUUGACUAUGCUGCCUACGACCCUGUUUUCUUCCUUCACCAUAGCAACGUGGAUCGCUUGUGGGCUAUUUGGCAAGAGCUUCAACGUUACCGUAAAUUGCCAUUCAACGAAGCCAACUGCGCUUUGCCACUGAUGAACCAACCGAUGCGUCCAUUCAGCAAUAGUACGGCCAACCAUGAUCGUUUGACCUUUACCAACAGCAGACCAAGCGAUGUCUUUGACUACCAAAACGUCUUGCAUUAUAAAUACGACACUCUAUCCUUCAAUGGUCUCAAUAUAAUGCAACUUGCAAUUGCUUUGGAGAAGAGGAAAGCUGAAGAUCGUAUACUUGUCGGAUUUUUGUUACAAGGCGUGAAGGCCUCAGCGGACGUCCGAAUUUAUAUAUGCGUUCCUAUUAGUCAAACGGAAGAGAACUGCAAUAAUUACGCAGGCGUUUUUUCAAUUUUGGGCGGAGAAUCAGAGAUGCCGUGGAAGUUUGAUCGCCUUUUCCGUUACGAAAUCACCGGUGAGUUACAGCAUUUGGGGCUCAACCAGAUCAGUCAAUUCCGCGUCAAAACCGAAGUCAUCGCUGUCAAUGGCUCCAGUAUAUCCAGACCGAUUUUUCCUAAACCAACCAUCAUCUACAUUCCCAAACAAAGGCCGACAAAGAGGGUGCGAACGCAUGAAUCUCUCCAUGGCAACUUAGUGCGUAAAAAUGUCGAGCGCUUGUCGUUACAAGAGACAAAUUCGUUAGUGCACGCUAUGAAGCGAAUGCAUCUUGACAAAUCCUCGGACGGUUUUGAAGCCAUUGCUUCCUUCCAUGCUCUUCCUCCACUGUGCCCUAACCCGUUGGCGAAAAAACUGCAUGCUUGUUGCUUGCAUGGUAUGGCUACUUUUCCUCAGUGGCACAGGUUGCUCGUUGUUCAGUUUGAACAAGCCCUACACAGACACGGAGCCAAAAUAGGUGUGCCAUACUGGGACUGGACGCAUCCUAUAUAUGAGGUUCCGAGUUUUUUCGCUUCGGAACAAUAUAUGGAUCCUUUUACAGGCAUUGUAUCAGUCAACCCUUUUCAUCAUGGAAACAUUUCUUUUAUUAGUUCGGAUACAAUAACAAAACGGAAUAUAAGCGAUUAUCUUUUUGAGAGACCAAUUCUUGGAAAGCAGACCUGGCUCUUUGACAACAUCAUUCUGGCCCUGGAACAGACAGAUUAUUGCGAUUUCGAAAUCCAAUUCGAGAUUGUUCAUAAUGCCAUCCACACAUGGCUAGGGGGUAGCGAACUGUAUUCUAUGAACAAUUUACAUUAUGCCGCUUAUGACCCUGCUUUCUAUUUGCACCACGCCAAUGUCGACCGUCUCUGGGUUAUCUGGCAAGAACUACAGAAAUAUCGUGGCUUUCCAGUUUACGAGUCGAACUGUGCCCUCGAGUUGAUGAACGAGCCACUGAAACCCUUCUCGUUUGGGCCUCCCUACAAUCUGAAUCCGAUAACAUACAAAUACUCUAAACCGGCCGACGUGCUCAACUAUAAAGAACACUUCCAUUAUGAAUACGACAUGUUAGAGAUGAACGGAAUGUCGAUUCCUCAGUUGGAGUCUUACAUUCAAAAUCUGAAACAACACGACCGCAUCUUCGCUGGUUUCUUGUUGGAGGGAUUCGGUAGUUCAGCUUACGUAACAUUUGCGAUUUGUAAUUACUAUGACCAGUGUGGUAUGGGAAGUCAUUUUUUUAUCCUGGGUGGAAGUGAUGAAAUGCCGUGGGCCUUUAAUCGUCUUUAUCUCAUGGAAAUCACCGAUAUUCUCCGGCGUAUGAAUAUCAACUACAAUUCUCCUUUUGCCGUCAGAUUGUGGGCAAUUUCCCCCAAUGGAACCAUUUUCCCGGAAGGAACGCUUUCCGAACCGACUAUUAUACGCGUUCCUGCAGAGCAUGAAAAUCUCGGUGUGGCGAUUCCUCUGAACCGAAUCCGACGGAACCUUCAUUCCUUGGAGGAAAGAGAUGUCCAAAAUCUAAUGUCGGCUCUGACGCGGCUAAAGAAAGACGAAUCAAAUUCUGGCUUCCAAACAAUUGCUAGUUACCACGGUACGCCGAUGUGCCCCGAUCAAGAGAAUCCUAAAUAUGCCUGCUGUCUCCACGGAAUGCCGACGUUUCCACACUGGCAUCGGCUUUACAUGUUACAUUUCGAAGAAGCAAUACGUCGCCAUGGAGCCAAUGUGGCCAUUCCUUAUUGGGAUUGGACUUUGCCGAUAUCCAAGUUACCGGCUUUGUUUACAGAUGCCGAUUAUUAUGAUGCUCUGAGGGUAGCUGUCAUUGAAAAUCCUUUCUUGCGAGGUUAUAUCAAGGACGAAGACACUUUUACUGUCCGCGAUGUGCAACCAGAAUUGUACCAUAACAAAGAUGACGAGAAGUCUUGCCUCUAUAAACAAGUGAUGCUAAUGUUUGAGCAAGAGGACUAUUGCGACUUCGAAGUCCAACUCGAAGUGAUCCAUAACACUAUACAUUACUUGAUUGGAGGUCACCAAAAGUAUGCUAUGUCGAGCCUUACUUACAGCUCGUUCGAUCCGAUUUUUUACAUACAUCAUUCCAUGGUUGAUCGUCUUUGGGCCAUCUGGCAAGAAUUACAAUAUUUAAGGAAAUUGCCCUACAAUAAAGCCCACUGUGCUUUGGACCAGAUGUCCAUUGCAAUGAAACCUUUCAGCUGGGGAUCAAACCCGAACAUUUUCACUCGAGUGGCAUCCUUUCCGAGUAGCUUGUUCGACUAUCGGGGUCUCGGUUACAGCUAUGAUAAUCUCGACUUUCAUGGUAUGAGUCCUACCCAACUGGAAGAAGCUAUCCAAGAUCAGAAAAGACAAGAUCGAAUAUUUGCUGGGUUUCUGCUACACGGCAUUAAGAUUUCCGCUGACGUUCAGUUAAAGGUUUGCAACGACACCGAUUGUGCAGCAGCUGGAGUUUUGUUUGUUCUCGGGAGUCCCACGGAAAUGCCUUGGCACUUUGAUCGUAAUUAUAAAAUGGAUAUUACUGACGUGUUCAAAAAAAUGAGAAUCCCGUUCGAAGACCUCUUUAAGCAAAACAGCAGGAUCCAUCUUGAAGUUGAAAUCAAAUCAGUGGAAGGAAAGAAACUAGACGCUAAAACUAUUCCCAAACCUUCUCUCAUAUAUUCACCUGAAAAAAGUUUUGUAAAAAGUGAAGAUAAAGUUUCUGUUCGAGGAACAAUGAUUAGAAAGAAUGUGAAUAGCCUGAGACCUUCGGAGAUUCAAAACUUAAUGGAGACUUUGGCUGCUGUACAAGCAGAUCAUACCGAAAAUGGCUACCAGAAGAUCGCUGCUUACCACGGAAUGCCACUGAGUUGCCGUUACGCCAAUGGAACAGCCUACGCCUGCUGCCAACACGGAAUGGUUACCUUCCCUCACUGGCAUAGAUUAUUUGUCAAACAAAUGGAAGACGCCAUGAAAGCUAAAGGCGCGAAAAUUGGUAUUCCCUAUUGGGACUGGACAACAGCCUUUACCAGUUUACCAACGUUGGUCACUAGAACUGAAAACAACCCAUUCCACCACGCCCAUAUCGAUGUUGCCAAUACUGACACAACCCGGGCACCACGACCUCAGCUGUUUGAUGACCCAGAACAAGGUGAUCAGUCAUUCUUCUACCGUCAAAUAGCAUUUGCUCUCGAGCAGACUGACUUCUGUGAUUUUGAAAUUCAGUUUGAGAUCGGACACAACGCCAUCCAUUCCUGGGUGGGAGGCAGCAGCCCAUAUGGCAUGUCGACACUUCACUACACUUCUUAUGAUCCUCUCUUCUACUUACACCAUUCCAACACGGAUCGUAUCUGGGCAAUUUGGCAAGCCCUGCAGAAGUACCGAGGAUUGCCCUACAAUUCAGCCAACUGUGAGAUCAACAAACUCAAGAAACCGUUGAUGCCUUUCAGCUCUGAAAAGAACCAUAAUGUUGAAACAAAGGCACAUUCGACUGGCUUCAAAUCUUUUAACUAUCACGAACUGCACUACGAUUACGAUAACCUUAACUUCCAUGGAAUGACAAUUCCUCAGUUAGAUGUGCAUUUGAAGAAAUACCAAGAGAAAGACAGAGUGUUUGCUGGAUUCUUGUUGAGAACGAUCGGCCAAUCAGCUGAUGUUAACUUUGAUGUUUGCCGCAAAGAUGGAGAGUGUACUUUCGGUGGCACGUUUUCUAUCUUGGGAGGACAACACGAAAUGUUUUGGGCAUUUGACAGACUCUUCUUAUAUGACAUCUCCAAGAGUUUAUUGCAUUUGCGUCUCAAUGCUUAUGAUGACUUUGAUGUCAAAGUUACCAUUUGGGGCAUCGAUGGACAAGAACUGCCGUCCAAUAUCUUUUCGCCGCCAACCAUCAUGUUCAGACCAGGAUCCGGUACCCAACAUCGGUUUCAAGAGAAGAACGUUUGA